GCCAUGGCGGCUCCAGGUGCGCUCAGGUGCGCCCGGGGGGGGCUCGCGCUCACCUGGGGGCUGCUCUACCUGGCAGGUGUGCUGUGCUCAGGUGAGCAGGGCCAGCCACGCUCAGGUGCGCCCGAGGAGGGCCAGGUGCGCCUGGCCGGGGGCCCGCACAGGUGCGCGGGGCGCGUCGAGGUGUUCCACGCGGGCAGGUGGGGCACGGUGUGCGACGACGCCUGGGAGCUGCCGGACGCGCAGGUGAGCUGCCGCCAGGUGCGCUGCGGCCCCGCCCUCUGGGCGCCAGGUGCGGCGCAGUUCGGGCGGGGCUCAGGUGAGAUCUGGCUGGACGACGUCACCUGCGCCGGGAACGAGACUCACCUGGGCCAGUGCCACGCCCAGCCCUGGGGACACAACGACUGCUUCCAUGGAGAGGACGCGGGGGCCGUGUGCGCAGACUCUCUGGAGCCGGAGCCGCCUCACCUGCGCCUGGCCGGGGGCCGGCAUCGCUGCGCGGGGAGGGUGGAGCUGCUGCACCUGGACAGGUGGGCCGGGGUCUGCGGCCACACCUGGGGCCCGCGGGAGGCUCAGGUGGUCUGCAGGUACCUGGGCUGCGGGACCCCCCUGGCCGACGCCCCCGGGGACGCACCUGGGGACGCACCUGGGGACGCCCCCGGGGACGCACCUGGGGACGCACCUGGGCAGGUGUGGCUGGAGCAGGUGAGCUGCGAAGGCACCGAGAGGGACCUGAGGCACUGCAGGGCGGGGCCCUGGCGGGAGCGCACCUGCGACCAGGGGGGCGUGGCCAGAGUGGCGUGCUCAGGCUCUGCGCUGGCCACGCCCCCCCAGGUGCGCCUGGCCUCGGGGCCGGGCAGGUGCGCGGGCCGUGUGGAGGUGUUACACCUGGGCAGGUGGGGCACGGUGUGCGACGACACCUGGGCGUUCCCCGCGGCCGCCGUGGUGUGCCGCUACCUGGGCUGCGGACAGGUGAUCGCGGCCCCGCCCCGCGCGCGCUUCGGGCCCGGCCGCGGCCCCGUGUGGCUGGACGGGCUCACCUGCACAGGUGAGGAGGCCGCGCCCUCCGAGUGCCGCCACAAAGGGUGGGGAGUGCACACCUGUGAGCACAGCGAGGACGCCGGAGUGGUGUGCGCAGGUUCUGGCCUGGCUGACCUGACUCACCUGCGCCUGGCCGAGGGCCCGCACAGGUGCGCCGGGCGGCUGCAGGUGCUGCACGAGGGGCGCUGGGGCGGGGUCUGCGGCCUCACCUGGGCGCUGCCCGCCGCCCGCGUCACCUGCCGCUACCUGGGCUGCGGCCCCGCCCUCCGGGCCGGCCAGGUGAGCGUCGGGAGGGAGGAGCUCACCUGGGUGGAGUCACUCAGGUGUAACGGCAGCGAGUGGAGCCUGCUCGAGUGCCAGGUGAGGCUGUGGGGCGCCCCCUACUGCCCGCACGCCACCCUCACCUGUGCCCAGCCAGGUGAGGCCCUGACACGCUCAGGUGUGACCACGGUGCCCUCAGGUGAGCCCCUGGCACUCCCAGGUGCAUCCCAGCCGCGUCCAGGUGCGACCCUGGCACCCCCAGGUGUGCCCCAGGUGUCUCCAGGUGUGCCCCAGGUGUCUCCAGGUGUGCCCCCAGGUGCGAGCCCGGAACCCUCAGGUGUGCCCCCAGGUGUGACCCUGGCACCCUCAGGCGUGUCCCCAGGUGUGACCCCGACACCCUCAGGUGCGCCCGAGGAGGGCCAGGUGCGCCUGGCCGGGGGCCCGCACAGGUGCGCGGGGCGCGUCGAGGUGUUCCACGCGGGCAGGUGGGGCACGGUGUGCGACGACGCCUGGGAGCUGCCGGACGCGCAGGUGAGCUGCCGCCAGGUGCGCUGCGGCCCCGCCCUCUGGGCGCCAGGUGCGGCGCAGUUCGGGGAGGGGGCGGGGCCCAUCUGGCUGGACAGGUUGAGCUGCGCAGGUAACGAGGCUCACCUGGCCGAGUGCCCCUCCCGGCCCUGGGGGGCGCACACCUGCAGCCACCGAGAGGACGCCGGAGCCGUGUGCGCAGAGCCCGGCGCGGGCGCGGCUCCCCAGGUGCGGCUCUCAGGUGCGCCCGACAGGUGCGCGGGGCGCGUGGAGGUGCUGCGCGCUCACCUGUGGGGCACCGUGUGCGACGACGGCUGGGGCCUGCGGCAGGCUCAGGUGCUCUGCGCUCACCUGGGCUGCGGCCACGCCCUGGAGGCGCCGGGGGCCGCCAGGUACGGCCAGGGGGCGGGGCCAAUCUGGCUCGAUGACGUCACCUGCACAGGGAAGGAGCGCGACUUCUUCAGGUGCGCCCACCGCACCUGGGGGGAGAACAACUGCCGGCACGGGGAGGACGCGGGGGUGGUGUGCGCAGGUAACUCCAGCUCACCUGAGGUGCGGCUGGCGGCCGGGCCGCACCUGUGCGCAGGUAGGGUGGAGGUGCUGCACGAGGGGCGCUGGGGGACGGUGUGCGACCACGGCUGGGACCUGAGGGACGCCCAGGUGAUCUGCCGCCAGCUGGGCUGUGGGGAGGCACUGUCGGCUCCCGGCCACGCCCACUUUGGGCAGGGCUCGGGACAGGUGUGGCUGAGCGACCUCACCUGUUCGGGCCGUGAGCGACACCUGGGGCACUGCCCCGCCCCCCCCUGGGGCAACAACACCUGCGGGCACGAGGAGGACGCGGCGGUGGAGUGCGCAGCCCCUCACCUGUCCGUCCCCACCCCCUCUCCAGAGCCCCUCCAGGUGCGCCUGGCCGCGGGGCCGGGCAGGUGCGCGGGCCGCGUGGAGGUGUUACACCUGGGCAGGUGGGGCACGGUGUGCGACGACACCUGGGACCUGCAGGCGGCCCGGGUCACCUGCCGGCACCUGGGCUGCGGCCCCGCCAUCAGCGCACCUGGCGGCGCCCGCUUCGGGCCCGGCCGCGACCCCGUGUGGCUGGACCAGGUGCGCUGCUCAGGUGAGGAGCUCACCUUGGACAGGUGCGAGCUGCGCCAGUGGGGAGAGCACGACUGCGGCCACGAGGAGGACGCGGGGGUGGUGUGCGCAGGUGAGUCCUGCAGGUGA